AGCAAAUCGGUCUCUUCGGAUUUCUAUAUUUUCGUCCUCCUACUCUGAACUUGUAAUUAACCUAAUUGAGAAGCGGAGGCGAGAGUAUAGUUGAGGAGCAAGGAAGAGAGGUGAGCUUGGCUUUUGGGCUGAGUUAGACUCCGAGUUGGAGUUCGAUUGUCGACGGUUAAGGGUAGUUUUGUUAGAGAUGGCGAGCUUUGUGACGGGAAAGAUGAAGAGGAAGGGGGUUGACGAGGUUUUUGACGAUUUCUCUGAUUUGUCAUUCUCUGCUCCGGCUUUGAAGAUUAGGAGGCUGGACGCUGAACUGCCUCCAAUUAUGGAAGAGCGUGAUCCAAUUGGACGCUCAGUGCUUGAACCCCAACUUUUAAAAGGGGAUAUGGGUGAUGCAGUGCCAGAUAUGGCGUCAGUUAUGAAGGAGGAAGUUUUCCCUCCCACAGUGAACGAAGAGAGAGCACUUGUUUUAUAUAAGCCUCUCCAUUCCAAUUUUGUUCCUUCAUUGACGAUGGAUCCAGAACUGAUAAGUGGUCUGAAGGAUCCUUCCUUCUGGCCUGGAUAUCAGAACUUGGUGGAGGAAGACUUUGUUGAAGAACAGCAAUCAUCUUCUAUUAACCGUCUAGCUCUUAUUCCCUGGGUUCCUUCUAAUCAUUCUGCGUCACGACUGGAAGUUUCAUCCUCUGAAAAUGGGACAGUAGAAGAGGUAAUGGAGGAAGGAGCAGAUGGUGAAUCAAUGGAAAUUGAUGGCGGUCAUGGGCAUCUCGUUGAAGCUGGUUUUGGAUCUGGAAGCUUUCGUCAAUGGCAGCAACACUGCAUGAUUCCAGAGCACACGCACUUUACAUCUACUCCAAUAUUAGGAUCAUGGUAAAAUAGAGAACUUGGAAGUCUGAUGCAGCUAGCCAUGGCCUUUCUUUGUUAGGAGGCAGAUGUGUAGUCUUUACUUGAAUUGAUGAGGAUGCAUAUCUUUCCAUGCUCCCUUUUGCACUCACUUACUCGUAAGACUUGUUCUAGCCAUGGGAUGAUGGAAUAAAGAAAAUCCUUAUUAGUUCAGUAUGCUGAGGUGUUAGUCAUCAUUUUAGACCAGAUUAAAGAGCCUGGUUACAUCAUAAACUUUUUGUAUUUCCUUGGAACAUGCUAGCAAUACAAAAUGUGAGUCUAGUUUGACCUGUUGAUUUA